AUGGACUUGGUAAAUCACCUUCCGGACCGCUUGAUGUUUGCUGUUCCAAAAAAGGGCAGAUUAUAUGAAAAAUGCUGCAACUUUCUAGCAGGUGCUGAUAUUCAUUUUAGACGCUCCAACAGAUUGGAUAUAGCGCUCUCUACUAACUUGCCCAUCGCUCUCAUCUUUUUGCCUGCUGCUGAUAUCCCAACCUUUGUCGGCGAAGGAAAAUGUGACUUGGGAAUCACCGGUUUGGAUCAGGUUAAAGAAGCAGAAAUGUUGAGCUCUGUGGAGCUUCUAUUGGACUUACAAUUCGGCAAAUGCAAGUUACAGGUUCAAGUUCCCGAAAAAGGAGAGUACACUAAGCCUGAGGAAUUGGUCGGUAAGAAGAUUGUCACCUCAUUCACCAACUUGGCUGGUACAUUCUUCUCUGACCUUGAAAAGGCACAGGGCGUCCAAGAAAAGAAAACAAACAUUAGAUAUGUCGGAGGUUCAGUAGAGGCCUCAUGUGCACUUGGAGUUGGUGAUGCAAUUGUUGACUUGGUUGAGUCAGGUGAGACAAUGAAGGCUGCCGGGUUGAAACCAAUCGCUACCAUCUUAGAAACUUCAGCUCAAUUGAUUGUUUCAAAGAAGCCUCGUUUCCCAGACUUGGUGAAAAUCAUCCAUCAAAGAUUUGAGGGAAUUAUGGCCGCUCAGAGGUACGUUUUGUGCACGUACAAUGCACCAAGGUCAAUCGUUCCAGAAGUCUUGAAAAUCACUCCAGGUAGAAGAGCGGCAACUAUCUCGGCAUUGGAAAACCAAGAAAUGCUGGAUGAGCCAUGGGUUGCAAUUUCCUCGAUGGUAGAGAAGGCAAGAAUAAGUGAUGUGAUGGACGAAUUGAAGAAGUGCGGAGGUACCGACAUUCUUGUGUUCGACAUCAAUAACUGUAGAGUUUAG